AUGAAGGUCCUCAGCCUCAAUUUCUUGACCUGCGCCGUCAAGGCCUGCAAGUCGUCUUCCAGCUCGUACCCUCUGCAUCCCCGGGACGCGGAGCUGGUGCAGGAUGAGAUUGAGGUGAACCCGGAUAUGCUCGUCAAUGUGCUGCCGCGGUUGGAUUGGGCGGCUCUGCGGACGACUUCGUCAGAGCUUGGAUUCCCGCCCCUGCCCGAGCAGCCGCCCACGCAAGAGGAGCUGCGGGCCGACGACAAGCUGGUGCGCGACCUGCACCACCUGCUGCUGGAGACGCAGAUUUCCGAGGGCAAGCUGGUGUGCGCCAACUGCGGGCACGAGUACGCCGUCAAGGAGGGCAUUGCGAAUUUCCUGCUGCCGAGUCAUUUGGUCUGA